UAGGAGACGGCGGCAGCGUUUGGUAUCUGUGCAUUGAGAGGAAAAGAGGUGGUGUGUUCAGUUUUCUGGCGAUGUUUGUGUUAGCAGAGAGCGUUUUACAAUAUGGAGAUGCCGGACACGAUGAGAAGACGAUUGGAAGACUUUUCUCGAAACGUUUUAUUCGACCAGAGCCGGACUCAAGCCAUCACAAAAGAGAAUGACACGUUUUUGCCUUACGUUUCAGACAAACGGGUUCUGUCAGGUCUCCACCUCCAGAUGUCUCUGUACUUCAACAUGUGGUUCUUCCCCCUGUGGUGGAUCAGCGAAACUAUAAUGCUGCACCUCAAGUAUCCUGCCUUGCCGGACUACUACAAGUUCAUCCUUGUAACUGUUCUCAUACUGAUGACCCUGAUUGAGGCCAUUAGACUUUUUCUUGGUUAUGCUGGGAACCUGCAAGAAAAGGUUCCAGAGUUGGCUGGAUUUUGGUUGCUGAGUAUCCUGCUUCAGUUUCCACUAAUCCUGUUUCUGCUCUUCAAUGAAGCCAUUCUCAUACAGCCACUGGAGAGGGCCGUCCACAUAGUUCUAGCAUUGUUUAUAUUAUCACAGGCUCUCUCUGGUUUUGUGGCACUCCGGGACAUGGUCAGACACACAGAGAGCCAGUUUCAUCUCAGACAGUUUCACUGAAUUCUGAAGCUUUGGAGUUCCUACGACAUCUAACAAACCGCAAAACAAGUGUACAUCACUCCUCCCAGCCUGAGAGGCUUACAUCAAAAACUUGACAAGUACAUGAGAUGUUUCUGCAUUACAAAACACACAAAUGUCUCAUUUGUGUGUAAAUGGAUGAUGGAUUUGUGUGUCCUAUGGAUGUACAUUGACACAAUAUUUCUCCUCAUGUUCCAGUGUUUUCUUGUUCUUUUUUGUAGUUUUAACUUAAUGUUACCUGAUUACUGACCUGUAAAAGUGUUAUUAAACACUUUUUUUUUUUACAUUUUUUAUUAUGUUUUGGAGUAUGAUUAUUCAACAACCAUCAAUUAAAACAUGUAAAAGACAA